AUGGAAGACCGGAGAAGGAAGAGUAGUGCAGUUAUGUUGGCGAAUUUUUCGAAGUAUCCCGUAUAUUUGGGCUUUGGAAAUGUGCUUGAGCCCCAGCUUUCCUAUCGCUUGUCGUCACAUUAUAUGCCACUGGGUAAAAUUGGUGGUAAACCCGCUUGGUUAAAUCCUGUCAGUCUUCCUGCUAAUAAUUCUCUUCUUUGUCGAGUUUGCGAGAAACCAAUGGUAUUUUUGAUUCAAGUUUAUGCUACAAGCCCCAAUGACCAAGAUUAUUCCUUCCAUCGUACUUUAUUUUUCUUCAUUUGUCGAAACUCACAGUGUUCACAAAAUAAUGAUGCCAGUAACGUUCGCGCUUUCCGGUGUACUUUACCGCGAUUCAAUGAUUUUUAUGGUUUCGAACAGCCCAUCGAUCCUGAUCUAGAAGGUGAUGUUCCAGAUCCGUUCUGGAAGCAAACAUAUCCUCAUCUAUGCCAGAUUUGUGGCUGUAGUGCUACAAAGAAAUGUGCACGUUGCGAAUCUGCGUGGUAUUGUAGUCGCGAACAUCAGGCAAUUGAUUGGAGUUCGACACAUAAAAAAAAGUGCUGUAAACAGAGUUCUAAUGAGGAUCAGCUGCAGUUGCAUCUUUCUACAAUUCCUGAUAGUGAAGAAAAAGAUAAUGAAAAUGAUUGGAUGAAACGUAAACGAAGUAUUGCGAUAAAUGCAUUUGUUUUCCCAGAAUAUGCAAUAGAAAUGGGCAUAGAACACUUGCCAGGAAGUAAUCAUACUGAUAGUGAUGAUGAUAAUAGUGAUAGUGAUGACGGUAAUGCAGAGAAACGUAUGGAGGAAUACAGGCAAUAUAUAAUAAAGCAUAAGAGCCCGUGCGAUUAUGGUAAUGGUGAUUUGGAAGAUUUAGAAGAUUUUGCUGAUAAAGAUACUGCUUUCAAAUAUUUUAAUAAGGUAGUAUCGCUGAAUCCUGAACAAGUGUUGCGUUAUAGUCGGGGUGGUGAACCAUUGCUAGCAACUGAUCAUGCACCACCACCUGAAGCAAUUCCACCGUGUUCUCUUUGUGGAUCGGAGCGGCAAUUCGAGCUUCAACUUAUGCCCCAUCUUUUGGCACUUAUUGGCGUUGAUGAUCUCGGUAAAAGUAUUGACUGGGCUACAUUGAUGCUAUAUACAUGUGCUCAGAACUGCCAUGUGCCUAAUGAUGGUUAUGCUGAGGAAUAUGUUCAUAAACAAGAUUUUCAUUGA